AUGUGUUUGAAGGUGAAAGGAAGAUGGGACUUUGUUUUGAAAGAAAAACUUAAACUCUUAAAGGACAAACUCAAAAGGUGGAAUAGAGAUGUCUUCGGGAAGACCAAUUUGGAUAUUGAGGAAGAUGUCAACGAUAUUAAUCUUGCCGAUGAGAGGAUGAAGUGGCUUAAAGAAGGAGAUACUAAUAGUGGUUUUUUUCAUAAAGUUAUGAAACAAAGAAGAUUACAUAACCAUAUUGGUCCAAUUCUUACUUCGGGAGGCAUGGUGGAGUUGGUGGAGGAUGUUAGGGAGGAGGUGUUCAAACAUUUUGGGAAUAAAUUUGUUGAACCGGAAGUGACUAGACCAGUGUUAGAUGGUGUUCAAUUCAACACUUUAAAUUUCAUCAAUUUCUUUAAUUAUUUCUUUCUUGGAAGACCGAUAUCUAAGGUGAUCACCUCUUCUUUUUUGACGCUUGUUCCUAAAUCUAAUAAUCUGAUCGGCUUAGAUGAUUAUCGUCCCAUUUUCUUGGUGGGUUUCUUAUAUAAAGUGGUGGCUAAGCUUUUGUCGGGAAGAAUAAAAGGAGUGCUCAAUUCUAUUAUUUCUCCGUGUCAAAGUGCUUUCGUCCCCGGUAGGCAAUUGUUAGAUGGAGUGGUUGUGGCGAAUGAGGUGGUGGACUAUGCAAGAAAAGAAUACAAGAAUUGUGUUUUAUUUAAGGUAGACUUUGAAAAAGCUUAUGAUAAGGUGAGUUGGAGUUUUUUAAGGUUUAUGCUUAAAAGAAUGGGGUUCGGAGAGAAAUGGAUGAAAUGGAUGGAAUUAUUGGUGUUUAAUAGUAAUAUGUCCGUGCUUGCUAACGGGAGUCCAACGAAGGAAUUUAAGGUGAGUAGAGGAUUGAGACAAGGUGAUCCGUUAUCUCCUUUUCUUUUUGUUUUGGUGGCGGAAGGAUUAACGGGGCUUGUUAGAAAAUCGAUUGAAGUGGGUGAAUUUCAAAGCUUUAAUAUUAAUGGGUCUUGUCCGGUGUAUAUUCUUCAAUUUGCGGAUGACACUUUAAUAGUGGGAGAGGGUAAUUGGAAACAUGUGUGGGCUAUGAGAGUCGUGCUUCGGGCUUUUGAGUUAGUGUCGGGUCUUGGAAUUAACUAUCACAAAAGUAAGUUAAUUGGCAUAAAUUCCAAUUUACAUUUUUUGGAGGCGGUUUCUCAUUUUCUCUCGUGUAAAGUGGAGGAUAGUAACUUUUAUUUUCUCGGUAUUCCUAUUGGGUUCAAUCCUAGGAAAGAAGCCACUUGGUAUCCUCUUUUGUCAAAGUUGAAGAACCGUUUGGAUGGGUGGACAAAUCGCUUUUUGAAUAUGGGAGGAAGAAUUACCCUUUUAAAGUCUGUGCUUAGUUCCUUGUCCAUUUUUUGGAUGUCUUUUUACAAAUUACCAAGUAAGGUUGUUAAGAGGAUUAAUGGCAUUCAAAGCAAAUUUUUAUGGGGUGGAGUAGAAGAAAGAAGAAGAAUUCAUUGGAUAAAGUGGGAGGAUGUUACUUUACCCUUGAAUAAAGGGGGGUUAGGAGUCAAAAAUAUCAUUUUGUUCAACUUGGCUCUUCUUAACAAAUGGAGAUGGCAGAUUCUUAAAGGGGCAAAUUCGUUGUGGCAUAAAGUGUUGCAUGUUCGUUAUGGAGAUUUGUCUUUGAAAAUGUGCGGUGGAGGAGAGGAAAAGAAAGUUUUCUCAAGAUGCUCUUUUUGGUGGAAGAAUUUAAUUAAGAUUAUCCCUCUGUCAUCUUUUGACCCUUUUAUUGCUCAUUGUAGGUUCUCGAUUCAUAAUGGUUUUUCUACCCCUUUUUGGGAGGCCAAGUGGUUGGAGGGAUGUACUUUGAAAGAAGAUUUCCCAAAUUUGUACAAGAUCUCAUGUCUUAAGAAAGUAUCCAUGACGGCCAUGGGUGGAUGGGUGGAAGGAGAGUGGAAAUGGGGGGAUUUUGGAUUAUGUGAUAUGGGAGUGGAAGAGAUGAUCUUAGGGGAGGAAGCGGUGGCGUUGAAAGGGCGAGUGGAGGCGUUUAGAGGUUGGUUAGAAGGAAAGGAUAACGUUGUGUGGGAAAAAAGCUUGAAUUCAGAAUUUUCGGUGGCGUCUUGCUAUAAUUUUUAUGAUAAUAUCCAUAUUCCGUUCGGUCCUCCCAAUAGGAAUGAUGUUGCUUUCGGGUUAUUAUGGAGGUUGGAGGUCCCGAUGAAGAUCAUGGCUUUCGGAUGGAGACUUUUUCAUGAUAGGCUUCCGAUGAAGGACUUGUUGGUGCUUCAAGGUAUUUUUAUUCCUUUUGAUGACUUAAAGUGUUCUUUUUGUGGAUAUUGUGUGGAAAGUUGUAGUCAUUUAUGUUUUAGUUGUUCGGUGGUUAAAAAGAUUUGGAGUGAAAUUGCUUUUUGGGUGGGUAAAGAGGAUAGAGUAGACAAAGAGUGUAUGUCGAAUUUUAUGGAUUGGCACUCAUUUUUUUAUAGCAAAAAGGUGAAGGAGAGGAAAUUAGGUGUUGUUUGGUUGGCUAUUACUUGGAGUUUAUGGUUGAUUAGGAACAGAAGUAGUUUCCGGAAGGAAAAUUGGAAUGUGAAUAAUACCGUUUGGAAUAUUAAGCAUUUGAUGAACGAUGGAAACAAUAGUUUGAAUUUAAACCUUUCGGUGUUUGAUGGAAAUAAUUGGAAUCCGUGGAUGAUUAGGAUGGGUGUGUUGUUUGGCGCUCAAUAUGUGCUUGUUCUCGUCAACGACUGUUACACGCAUGUUGUUGCGGAUGCAACGAAAGCGCAAAUAAAUGUGCAACAAAAAACAAAGAAGAAGGAUCAUAAAGUCUUGUUUUACAUCCAUCAAUGCGUGGAUGCGAAUGUGUUUGAGAAGAUCUCUGAUUUGACGACCACAAAGGCUGCGUGGGACACACUAGUACGGUGCUAUGGCGGUGACGCAUCAAUGAAAAAGGUGGAGCUUUAG